GCGGAAACUCCAAUAUUUUAGUUGGAAGUGUUCUUCAAAACGUAACGUUAAUCACAUGAAUAAGACUCGGUUGUGUGUUGGAGAAGCGUACUGCGGAGGGUGAUCAUACUACCCAGUGAACAUAUUUGUGGUGAAAGGGGGAAAUGACGUCGAUCUGGAUUCUGUCUGUAGUGUUUGCUCAGUUCAUGUGUGCACUCUCUAACGACAAGUUGCUCCGUCUGGUUUGCCCGCAUGAGAUCCAUGCGGUUCAUGGCGAGGAGUGUCUGUUGAACUGCAGUUUGGAAUCCCACGGUGAAAAUGUGAAAAUAGAAUCAGCCAAAUGUGUGGGUGAGGGUGCUGGCAAGCCAGAAUUCUUCCACGUAAUACGACCGCAGUCUGACAGCACAAAUGUGUCCUUCCUGAUGACAAACACACCGACGACAGCUGCAGGGAAAUACUUUUGUGAAAUUUUAACUGACAGCGGCGAAGACAAAGCAGAUGUGAGCCUCAUUGUCACAGCUAAAUACUCCAAGCCAGCCAUGAGCUCAGUUCCAGAUGGGGAAAUCCAGGACGAAAUGACAGUCACUAUGUUCUGUAAUGCUUCCGGGGGAUAUCCUGCUGGAAAGAUCCGGUGGUAUGACAAGCACGACAACGACUGGAGCCGCAGUGCAGAAACGACGAAGGAGGAGACCGCAGACAAACGCAUUAACUUAAAAAGCAGUUAUACCUUUAAAGCAUACUCCACCAAUCCCCAGUAUCGGUGCGAGGUGUUAAACAGCAAAGGUGAAAAAGAAGGAGAAGCAGAACUUGAGCUGCCAUUCAAGUUAAUUAAUCCAGAAUCGGUUACAGGAGACCGGAAUAGCACGGCCAUUACAGCGAUCGUUGUGGUGAUUGGGUCAGUGGUGUGUGGCCUGUUGUUCCUGGCCCUGCUGCGCUGUAGACGAGCUCGUCGUCUGGGGGGAAGUGCGGAGGAGGCUCUGUGUGGGCCGUUUCAGAGAAAUGGGGCCCGAAGGCCGUCAACUUACCCCAUAUUGAGUGCAAGGAGUGAUGAUUCCUACACAAUGGAAGAAGACUUGAACACACAGCCAGAAUCUGGGUCUCCACAGUCUGAAGACAAUUAAAGUUGGAUACUGCCCCUUCAGGAAGGAUUUGUUUAACCAACUGGACAAAGCAAGGACAUUUACUUUCCCUUCCUGGGUCAUUACCAGCUCAGUGAUAAACUAAUGCGCUCCAGUUUGUUAUAGACUGAUAGUCACGGCACUGCACUGAGCGCUUUGGUAAUCCCCUUUUAUGGAUUUACUUUCACUUUGCUCUCUACCGUCCUACGACAGCAAGAACAGUCUGCCUUGUUGUCUUUAGAGCCUCAUAUCCUCUUUUGAUUUCCUCUUGCGGAACCUCAAACUGAACUUUGUAGAGACAAAAGCUCCAUACGAAUGGUGCUUGGAAAAGGUAAUACCCCAAAUUACGUGCCGCAUAAAUAAAACUAAUGAAUAAAUUGUGUCUUGCAUUAAAUGGGCAUUAAAUCAGCAUAGGGCCAAGCAAGAGAACAGAUUCAGAAUGUUUAAUGUUAGAUCAACUGCAAUGUUUUGGACUUCAUUACAUUACAUUAUUGGCAUUUGGCAGACGCUCUUAUCCAGAGUGACGUACAGUUGAUUAGACUAAGCAGGAGACAAUCCUCCCCUGGAGCAAUGCAGGGUUAAGGGCCUUGCUCAAGGGCCCAACGGCUGUGUGGAUCUAAUUGUGGCUACAGCAGGAAUCAAUUCCAAAGAUGAGUUGCAGCGCAGCUAUUCCUUGCUUUUACACAACUGUGCGGUCUCUGAAUUUGUGGACUGUAGAAACAUCGCGAUCAAAAUGGCUUUGUAGGUAGCGAGGAGGAAGCUUAAAGAGGCAGAACAGUGAAGCAUCUGUAAAAAAGAACAACUGCUGUUGCACUUGGAACUACACAUACAUAGGAUCCUUACAUUAACAGCUAAACUAACACUACAUUUACAGCAAUGCAUUAAAAUAGAGAUUGUAAAGGCAUUGCUUCAGCGUUUGCAUCAUUACUAAACUUUAAAGUAAAACUUUAGUUUAAAAUUAAACUAAAGAUCUAAACUUUAUUGUGCAAUUUAGAUGAAGUACAUUUGUGCUCAGGGGGAUCCAUUAUUGCUCUGAGGUAGCAGGUUCACAGGAUAUUCUGAAACCCAUAUUUCAUUGACUCGUUAUUAGAUGUUAAAACGGUUAUUGAAAACUAUGAGAAUGCAGCUUAUUUUUCUAGUACUGUGUUCAUUUUUACCUGAUUUGUACAUUUUGAAAAAAUAUUUUUUACACAUUUUUAAAGUCAUGUAAAUAAAUCAUAGUGCCACAGUCACAAUAUACACUCAGUAAUCACUUUACUGGGUAGAGCUGUACACCAGCUUGUUACUGCAAAUAUAUAAUCAGCCAAUCAUGUGCAUUUAAUCAACUAAAUGCAUAAAAGCAUGCAGUUAAGAGGUUCAGCUGUUUAUGCAGAAGAGAAUCUCUGAACACACCAUGCGCCAAACCUCUAAGUCAAUGGUGUCCAAUCUUAUCCUAAAAGGGCCGGCGUGGGUGCAGGUUUUUGUUUUAACCCAGCAGUAACACACCUGAUUAUACUAGUGAACUAAUCGUGGUCUUUAGUCAAGACCUUGAUGAGUAGAAUCAGCUGUCUUAGUCCUGUGCUAAAACAACAAUCUGUACACACACCGGCCCUUUCUGGAUAAGAUUGGACACCCCUGCUCUAAGUGGAUAGGCUAAAGCCGCAGAAGAUUUAAUGUGAAUUUGAAUGUGAUUAUUAUUGCUGUGUGUUGUCUGCUUGAAUGUCGUGAUUGUUAACACUCCUCCCACUUUGGUUUAAAUGUUGAGAAUGUAGUUGUGGCACAUUGUUUGCAUUGAGUGCUGUGAUUAACGCUCAUUUGUUUCCACUGGUUUGUGUAAAAAAAAAAAAAGAAAAAAGAAAAAAAAAAGUACAUGUACAGGAGCAAUUAUUUGUGCAUUUCACCUGUGUAUUUCACUUUGUGUAAAGUAUUUUAUUACUUUGUGGUGCCUCUAAUACAGUGAUCGUCAAAUCUGGACCUCAAAUCCAAAUCCAGCCUGGCUUUCUUUUCCCUUAGGUAAUUAGCUGAACAAUUAGCGCUGUUGAUUGGCCAGAUUGUCUUCACUCCUGACUCCCAGGCGAUGGGAGGGGGGGAAAGCAGUGGUGACCUCUGCUCUAUUGCAGUGUAUUGCUUCUGUACUUUAUACUGCCGUUUUAUUAUUUGACUAAUUAUUAAAUGAUUAAUUACUUCAAAUAACAGUGAGGAUUUCCAUCAUAUUAUUAGUUUGAACCUUUUUUUUUUUUUUUCUUGUAAUUUGUCUUAGUAGCACAUUACAUUUUAAAGACAGGUUUAUCCAGAGGGAAAUGAAGGUAAAAUAUGAAUUAAUUUUGCAAUAUAAGUCAUGUUAACAGUAUUGCCAUUUCAUUGAAAAGGCAUGUUUUGACAGUUCAGCAGACAGAGACAAAUGCUACUCUGGUAAAUGGAUGGCUUUUGAACAUCCUUCAAUACAGUGCACACAAGUGUAUACACUGCAGAUACUGCUCAAUGCAAUUUCCUUCAAUGUCCAUUAACCAGAAGUUAAGUUGCUUCCUGAAAAAAAUGUAUGAUGUUGUAUGAUGUAUGAUGUUACAUGUGUGUGAAACAAAGGCAUCCAAUUUGAUUAAUUAAAAUCAAAAAGGGAACCAAAUAAAUCUGUGAAAUAACACUGCUGUGCCCUACAUACUGUAAAAAAAAAAAAAAAAAAAAAAAAUGUCUGUAAAAAGCUAUAUAUGUAUGCUCAAUUAAUAAAAUUGAUCAGAGAAAA